CCAGGCGCCCGCCCCAGCUGCCGCCCGGCGGCUCUCCCGUGCAGCCGCGAUGCCCCGGAGCCCGGCCCUGGCCCGGGUCCCCGGCCCACCGCGUUAUUAGCCUCCGUGCACCCCGAGCGCGCCGCCGCCAACGCCGCGCCCAGACCCAGCGAUGGGCAACACCGUGCACAGGACCCUGCCAGACCCGAGCCCACCGGCUCGCCUCCUGGCCACCCGGCCGUGCUGCGGCCCCGGCCCCGAGCGGCGCCCACUCCUGGGCGAAGCGCCGCGCUUCCACGCACAGGCCAAAGGCAAGAACGUGCGGCUGGACGGCCACUCGCGCCGGGCCACUCGACGCAACAGCUUCUGCAACGGCGUCACGUUCACGCAGCGGCCCAUCCGGCUGUACGAGCAGGUGCGGCUGCGCCUGGUGGCCGUGCGCCCGGGCUGGAGCGGCGCGCUCCGCUUCGGCUUCACGGCGCACGACCCGUCGCUCAUGAGCGCCCAGGACAUCCCCAAGUACGCCUGCCCCGACCUUGUCACGCGGCCUGGCUACUGGGCCAAGGCGCUGCCCGAGAACCUGGCGCUGCGCGACACCGUGCUGGCCUACUGGGCAGACCGCCACGGCCGCGUGUUCUACAGCGUCAACGACGGCGAGCCCGUGCUCUUCCACUGCGGCGUGGCCGUGGGCGGCCCGCUCUGGGCGCUCAUCGACGUCUAUGGCAUCACCGAUGAGGUGCAGCUCCUCGAGAGCACGUUCGCCGACACGCUGACGCCCGCGCGCCUCAGCCAGGCCCGCUUCAGCGCCUGCCUGCCGCCCAGCAGCCACGACGCCGCCAACUUCGACAACAACGAGCUCGAGAACAACCAGGUGGUGGCCAAGCUCGGCCACCUGGCUCUGGGCCGCGCCCCGGGCCCGCUCAGCUUCACGCUGCGGCCGGGAGGCGACGUGCUCCUGGGCGUCAACGGGCGCCCGCGCGGCCGGCUGCUGUGCGUCGACACUACGCAGGCGCUCUGGGCCUUCUUCACCGUGCGCGGCGGCGCCGCGGGCCAACUGCGCCUCCUCGGCACCCUGCAGUCCAGCCCUGCGACCACAUCCCCAUCAGGGUCCCUCAGCGGCUCCCAGGAUGAUAGCGAUUCUGAUAUGGCCUUCAGUGUCAACCAGUCCUCCUCAGCAUCUGAGUCAUCCCUGGUGACCGCACCCAGCUCCCCACUGAGCCCCCCAGUGUCCCCUGUGUUCUCCCCACCGGAGCCAGCAGGCAGCAAGAACGGCGAGUGCACGGUGUGCUUUGACGGCGAAGUGGACACCGUCAUCUACACGUGUGGACAUAUGUGUUUGUGCCACAGCUGCGGCCUGCGGCUCAAGAGGCAGGCCCGCGCCUGCUGCCCCAUCUGCCGGCGGCCCAUCAAGGAUGUCAUUAAGAUCUACAGGCCGUAGCCUGGCCCGUCAUCGGGCCUUGGCCAGAGCAAGGUCACCUUUCUGAAGGCCCCCUGGGCCAGGCAACCGCUAUGGCCGCCAGGGAGUCCAAGGGCAGUGGCCAUCCUGUCUGCCACUCUCCAACGGUGGGCAAGGCGUGACAGUCAUGGAGAUGAGGCCUUGGGGGUCUGAGCCCAGGCAAUGCCUGCUUCUGGCUCAAAAGUGCUUUGCCCCCAAAAGGCCGUCCCAACAGCAAGCUCAGGACCUGCCUAGCAGACCACCCUGUCCCUCGGUGACCUCUCAGCUGGGAAACAGCACUCUCUGUGCAAUGCUUUUUGCUGGAGUGGGGUUGAGUGUGUGUGAGAGAGGGUGAGGGGACGGAGCGGCCAGAGAAGAGAGAGGGAAUGUGUGUGCGAGGACGAGUGAGAGAGAACGCAUAGGUAUUUAUCCAGGGAGCCUGGCUUGGGGAGGUUUUUUAACACUAAGGAAUGUGCAAUCCAGAGCCCAGACGGUAGCGUGACUAGAAAUUGUUCACUUUCUGGGGCUGUAACGUCGGCUGGGUUUGAAUGUAUGAAGCCUGCACCUAAACAGAACUCCCUUGGAUGGUAUAGAAAAGGGACACUCAGAUUUUCUAAGGGAAGGAAAAAAUAGCUCAUUGUUUACAGCUCCAAAGCAGCAACGCCUUGGGGGGAAGGUGGGUGGAGAACAGAAAAGAACAAUUUGCUUUUUUAGUUUCUUCCUCAGUCUUGGAGAGGAGUUUUGAUGGGUGCUGCGGCCCACCGAGAGCUCUGGGUGGUGUCAACCCCAGAAGCCUUUUCACCCCUUCACCCCCGACAGCCUAAUAAUAAGCAUAGUGCACCUUGACUCGGUCCCUCUAGAUGCUUUUCGUCUGUCCCACCCCUUGCUGUCCCCAAGAAGACAAGCAGCAGGUUCUCUUUUCCUGGGGGAGGGAAAGAAUCCUGGAGGCUGGUGACUCACCUACAGUUGGAAAGGCCGCCCCAUCGUGCAGACGGCUCUCCACAUUUCGUGCUGUCACCCCGGGCCUGGCGUUCACCAGCAGCAGUGGGCAUCACCAGGGCAGCCUGCUGGGGAAGUGGGAGGAGGAAAAGACUUUGCAACGGGUUCUGAUUCUCAGCUUCUCUUUCCCUGCUGAUUACUAAGAUGUUAAAUGAUCAUUAAGAUGUUAAUAGCUGAGACAUUAAAAUGCUGACCUUGGGACUCUCCCUCCUUCCCAGGGCCAUUUGCAGGCAUUUCCUGGGACGUGGCCCUGUCCCUGACUUCCUCACCCCUGCCAAGGCCCAUGUCUGCAGGCUCCCAGACCACCCCUGGGCUGAUAGGCUGGCCCAGGCCCGCUCCUCCCUUCUGCCCCCAGUUCCUGGCCUACCCUCUGCCCUAUCUUGUGCUGUACCUUUAAGGAAGCCCCUGGGCCUCUCUGAUUCUCAGUUCCUAAUCCGUCCAAGAUGAGGCCCAGUACCUGCCCACUCCAGAACCCAGACCAGCGUAACAUCUAAAAAGCCCAAGACACUGCAAAGAACAGAUAACAUUUUUACUCCAAUUCCUAAUCUGUUCCUCUGCUGCACAGAUGACGGCAGGGAAAGGAGAGCAUUCAGAGAGUUUCUAGAACUAAUGUUUGCUGGGUGUCUGGAGGCCCAGAGCCCAGCCCAGCUGGGCCCUCAUCAAAUCAAAUCCCGUAAGACCAGUUGGUCAUCGCGAUGCUCUAGGUCUUGGACCGCCUGCUUCUUCUCUGCCUAAAGUGGUCAUAAUGUUCUGACCCGAUCUCAACUUCAGAACCCUCACCCUUGUCCCUGCAAGAGCCCCUGAUUGGUUAUUUUCCCCUAGUGAAUCUGGGAAACAUGCCCACCUUUAAAUGUUGUGACAGAGGUUUUUGGGGAGCAACUGGAACCUCAGGAUAAGAGCUGGAGAAGCUCGGUAGCACUCAGUGGCCAGCAGGAGCCUUCCACUUCCCCCAUGCGGGGUGUGGUCACAGACCUUGUGGGAGAGGACUCAUGCCCUCCUCCCCACCAGAGCUGGUUCUCCAGGCAGCAGUGCCGCUGACCGGAUUGAGCCAGUCACAAGCUCUGGUGGUCUCAGAAGCCAGCGGGAGGCAGCUGGUCUCCCCUGCGUCCUGCCCUUCCUAACUGCCCCCACCCCUGGGUGCCAGCCAUGGUCAUGUACAGCCACCACCAGGAAGCCAGUGACCAAGGGCCUGGACCCACGUGGACCAGGCCAUGCUCCUGGUGACCUGUUACCUGGAACAAAAGGAGCUGGUGGCCUGUUUAAUUUGCUCUGUGGCUGCUAUAAAUAGCCUCCCUGUUUCCAAGAGAAAUUAAGGGGGUGUUUAUCUUCUAAAAACCAGACAUUUCCUGAUGCUCUAAACUGAUUUAUUCAGUGCUGUAGAGGAGCUGCUCCCAUGGCCCUCACAUGGCGGGAGAGAGAGGAAAGGGAACCUCUCUUUCUCACUUCACGCCAUUACGUGCCUCGGUGCUGGGCUGGAGAGGCCUCUCCACGCACCGAUCCUGUGAGGCAGGCCUUCUGACCCCACUGAGUCAGAUCUAAGACACCACCGAUUAUAAAAUACACCAUUUUAUGUCCCACUAGGGGAAAUAAGGCGAAUUUUAACUAUAAGAUGCCACAGCUACACAAUUCAUUCUAAUCAGAGACUUGAAAUGUGAAAGAAAAAAAAAAGCUGUGCUAUUUAGAAUUGAUAAAACAUGGUAUUAUUCCCAUGGGACAGGUAAGAGAUUGAGGUCCUGGGGGUGAAGUGAUAGGAUCACAUGCAGUAUGUGGCAGGGCUGGGAUUCCAACCCAGGAGUGUCUGGUGCCGAAUCCCACUCUCUCCGCUGCCUGGCCCCAAGCCCUGGAAAGCUUGAGACUGCCUUGAGUUUUCUUUCUUGAAACUUCUCUGGGCAGCCCCUAGAGAGAGCCUGGGCACCUGCACCUGUAUGGAGGGUUCCAGCCCCAGGCUGCGGUCCCUCUGUCACUCAUACCGUGGAAGCACAAGUCUUUCCUUUCAGGCUCGCCUUCCCACUGCCCACAUUCUCCUGGCAGAGCUGAGCUAUGUGAGAUCCUGAGGCCAACCUGAAGGCCUCCUAUGGUGACACAGGGGUGUACACAUGGGGCAAACUUCGUGGAGGGGCCGAGAGCGUUGCCCCACCACCUUCCUGGGCCUCAGCACCACCACCCCCUCGGGCAGGGACUCCGGGGCUAAGAAGGGGGAGACCAGAAGAUACUCCCUUGUUGUGGUCUUGUGCCUGUUUAUUUUGACCCACCAGAGAAACUGGGCUGUUUCCAAGUCAGAACAAGCUCCUUUUCCUAGUCCAUUCCCAGAAGUGGGAGUCUUCUGGCUAUAGCUACCCAGGGCAGCUGCUCCCCUAAGUGCAGCAACACUUUGCUCGACACCCACUCAUCCGCAUGGCCUGUGUUCUGGACACAGUGCUGGGAACUGGGACUGAAGACAGAGCCCACAGGGAGCUGACAGUCUGGAGCCGGACAGAUUUGCACCUUUUCUUUGCUCGCUCUGGCGCUGGGUCCUGUGCCAGCACAUAGUAGCUACUCUGUAAAGGUUUAUGGGAGAAAUCAGAAAUCAAGUCCCGAGCAUUCAAGGGUUUGGUAAAACACCACAUACACUUGCACACAAAGUCAUUUGACAAACAUCUGCUGCGUGCCUACCAGGUGUGGGUGCUGGGGAUUCGGAGCUGAGAGGACAGCGCCCUAGCUCUGCCUUCAGAAGUGGAGACAUUAGAGGAUGAUGAAACACUGGGGACAGAAUCCGUUGGGCUGUCUUGGCCAUUCUGUUGCGUUUGGGGAUCUAUCCUGGUGAGUGCCCACGACUGCUUUCCUGACCCAGAGCCCCCUGCAUGCUUCGAGAAGCCUCCUCUGCAUUAGAAAUGCCAGGCACCUUGUAGUCAGUGAGCUGUUGCCAAAAUGGUCUUGGCAGAACCCUCAAAGCCUCCAUCACUUGAUGAUCACCUUCCAGUCUCACCAGGGAGACCCAUGGGAAGGUGGCUACCUGCUACUUUCAGGCUUGGCACUGGUUGCUGGAAUCAUCCCCAGGUCCCAGAGAAUCCCAUCAGUUCCAGUUGGGAGUGGGAUUGUGCAAAAUCUUGGAGAAUGAGAGGCAGUAACCUACCCCCUGCUCAAUCCCAUCUCUGCCCCCGUUUUGGGAGAGGGACGCCUGCUCAGGAACACGUGGCCGCCUGGCAUUUCUUGGUAUUUAACUGUCUUUCCCAAGCCCCUAAUGAAAUGACUUGUACAACAAUCUGUCUGUGCCUUAUCAAAGUGUCUGUGCACUUUUUAUCCUUUUUAAAAGCAACUUUAAAAAGUGGUCAGGGGACUAGCAUACAUGGUAGUAUUCUAGAAAUAUGUGCUAAUCACUGAAACCCUUCUGCAUCAUGUUUUUGAUGUAGGAGUGAUGAAGCGUACAUCUCUCAUCCCAUCCCUUCACUACCUGUGUACAGACCUUUUUAAAAAUAUCUCUUAUUCUUAUUUUUCUGAUUCAAUACUGUGACUUCUCCAACACAAUCUAAUCUUUGGGGAUUGUAAUAAAGGUUUUAAAACUUGGGGGGAGUGGGUUGGGAAGGGUUUGCACUGGUCCUGUGUGUUGUGCUUUUGUGUGUUGUGUGUUUUGGUUUUUGUCUAUUU